AUGGCACCAGUCUUCACCAAUUCCAACGGUUGUCCCAUCCCAGAGCCUUUCGCCACCCAAAGGGUUGGCAAGCACGGUCCUCUCCUCUUGCAGGACUUCAACUUGAUCGACUCGCUCGCCCACUUCGACAGAGAAAGAAUCCCAGAAAGAGUCGUCCACGCCAAGGGUUCCGGUGCCUUUGGUGAGUUCGAGGUCACUGACGACAUCACCGACAUCGUGGGGUCCGCCUUCUUGGACACUGUCGGUAAGAAGACCAAGAUCUUCACCCGUUUCUCCACCGUCGGUGGUGAGCUCGGGUCUGCGGACGCUGCCAGAGACCCUCGUGGGUUCUCCACCAAGUUCUACACCGAAGAAGGUAACUUGGACUUGGUCUACAACAACACCCCUGUGUUUUUCAUCAGAGACCCUUCCAAGUUCCCCCACUUCAUCCACACCCAGAAGAGAAACCCUCAAACUCACUUGAAGGACGCCAACAUGUUCUGGGACUACUUGACCACUAACCAGGAGUCCAUCCACCAGGUCAUGACCUUGUUCUCGGACCGUGGUACCCCUGCCUCCUACAGAGAGAUGCACGGUUACUCCGGCCACACCUACAAGUGGUCCAACAAGAAGGGCGAAUGGCACUACGUCCAGGUCCACUUUGUGUCGGACCAGGGUGUCAAGACCCUCACCAACGAGGAAGCCGGUGCUUUGUCUGGCUCCAACCCUGACCACGCCCAGGAAGACUUGUUCAAGAACAUUGCUGCUGGUAACUUCCCAUCCUGGACCUGUUACGUGCAGACCAUGACCCUCGAGCAAGCCAAGGCCGCCCCAUUCUCGGUGUUUGACUUGACCAAGGUCUGGCCACACAAGGACUACCCAUUGAGAAGAUUCGGUAAGUUCACCUUGAACAAGAACCCCGAAAACUACUUCGCCGAAGUCGAACAAGCUGCGUUCUCUCCAGCCCACACCGUGCCAUUCAUGGAGCCAUCUGCCGACCCAGUCUUGCAAUCCAGAUUGUUCUCCUACGCCGACACCCACAGACACAGAUUGGGUACCAACUACACCCAAAUCCCUGUCAACUGUCCUGUCACCGGAGCCGUUUUCAACCCACACAUGAGAGACGGUGCCUUCCAGGUCAACGGCAACUUGGGUGCCCAUCCAAACUACUUGGCCACCGACAAGCCAGUUGAAUUCAAGCAAUUCAGCUUGCAAGAAGACCAAGAAGUCUGGGAAGGUGCCGCCUGUCCAUUCCACUGGAAGUACACCGACGAUGACUUCAUCCAAGCCACCGCCUUGUACAAGGUUUUGGGUAAGUACCCUAACCAACAGAAGAACUUGGCCCACAACGUCGCUGUGCACGCUGCUGCUGCUGACCAUGCUAUUCAAGACAGAGUCAUUGAAUACUUCAACAAGGUCUCUCACGAAUUGGGUUCCAACAUCAAGAAGGAGCUCUUGCAAUUGUCCCCAAGAAAGUAG